CGGGGCCGGUGGGGCCCCGGCCUGGGCCUGGCAGGGCCCGAGUGGCGCGCUGGCCGGGCAUUCAGCGGCCGCGCCCACGCCCGGCGCGGCCCGCGGACCCCCGCCCCAGCCCGGGGGGUUGGGGGCGGGCUCCGACCCCCGGGGCGGGCGGAGGCCGGCAGCGCGGGGCAGGCGGGCUGGGGAGGACACGCGCGAGUCCUCGGGAGGUGCCUGCCGCCGGCUAGGCCUGAGGGGCGGGGGUUGGGCCGUGGCCGCCCCCGGGGACACACCCAUCCAGGAGGGGCUGUCACCGCCACGGCCUCUGCGGGAGACCCACGCCGAUAAGCCCCCUGGAGGGAUGGAAGUGGCUUGGCCGGGCGCCCCGUGAGCUUGCUCAGUGACCUUGGGGGCCUCGUCUGGGUCCUCCCUCUCUGCAAAUGGAGGCUCCGGUGGGCUGCUGUGCCGACUUCUACUGCUAGUAGUCUGCUAGGGGAACCUCUCCCUAGGGCUGGGCAGGGUCUGGGCUGCCCCAUGUGGCCACGGAGGUGGGAAAGGGGCGGGCCUUCGGUGGAGGACUAGGUGGGUAGCGAGAAGGGGAGGUGUGCAGGAGGAUCAGGCCCCGCUGCACCUGUAUGGUGAGACCUUGGUACUUAGUUUGGUUCAACAAGUGUUGGCAGGUCUGGGGAGCUGGCUAGCAUGGUGAGGGGCUGGCCUCGGGGAGCUGGGCGCCCGGAUACAGCUACUCCAGGAGCUAAAUCCUGGAGGGUAGGGCAGCCCAAUCCAUGGACACACAGUGAGGAUCCUAGUAGUCAAGGAAGGAAGGCUUUUUGGAGGAGACAAAAACCUGGAAGGCCUUGAAUAACAGGGGUGUGGGAGGAAACGGGCUUAGAUAUAUGUCUCCUCCUUCUCUAUGUAGGUUCCUUGAAUUUGGGACUUUUGUGGAGAGUUUCUAACAGUUUCCAAACUUUUUUUGUUCUUUUGGUCCUCCCUUGUCUCCAUGGAGGGUGUCUUGUCAUCCUCAGCUAUGAGCGUCUGCAGUGCUGUAUCCUAGGAUGCAGGGCCUGGGUGGAAAUAAGGGUCUGGGAUGAGUCGGGUAGGGGGGCGCUAUGUUGUUGAGGCUACUUACAUGACCGUCUGUGACUUCUGACCUGGAAUCGGGUGCCUGAAAGUGGGCAGAGUGAGUGUCAGUGACUGACAGGCUGGGAAGAGAAGAAAGGAAAGUGUGUGGGUCUGGGGGAGUGAGCCCAGCACCCACACGCCUGGGGAGGCAGAAGGCACCUGGUGCCCAAGUGACUGAAGUCUGUUUUCCAGAAUGAUUCUGUUCUGGAUUCUGGGUUGGGGUAUGUGGGGUGUCUGGCUGUGCUAGGCCAUGGUUCCAUCUGCGGGGUGACUGUUGACCUCCAGGGCUGCUGAGCCCUUCCCUUCUCUGGUCACCAGCAGGUGCACCAGCCUCUUUGAAGGCAGAGACUCUCAGUGCUUCUGGUGUGGGUUCCAUUUGGAAGGACCCUGAAGAGUGGUCAGUCUACUCUGGAAUGUGGCAGUGGGGCCAGAAUACUGAGGUGUUUAGUUUUGUUUUGUUUUAGUGAGUUCUAGGCCCAGUGUGGGGCUUGAAGUCACGCCCUGGAGAUCAAGAGUCGCAUGCUCUACUGACCGAGCCAGCUAGGAGCCCCUGAGUUUUUAAAAUCUCAUGUUCAUCACAUUGAUUACAGAUUUUAGAGUCACUUCCUUAAUAAAUAUUUGAGUAGCUCUGUGUCUGACAUGGGGGGAUUCAGGGAUGAGCAAAGGGAACUUCUGUCUUCUUGCAGUUGACCGUGUGUUUGGGGAGACAGGCAGUAAGGAGACAAUUCCGUAAAUAUAUAAAAGUGAGGUUCUGUGAGGACAGAGUUCGGGGAACUGGGUGAAACGGGGGCCUAGGGGGCUACCUCCAGAGGAUCAGUGAAGAAGAAGGGAAGCAAGUUCCAGGGAAAGGGAAUAGCAUGGGCAAAGUUUCAGAGGUGGGACCAGCAUGGGGCCACUUUAUUCCAAAGCCCUGGGGUUUUCUUCUGUUGCGAGUGGGUCCUUGGAUACGGCAGACCGGCCUGUGGGAGUCUGCUCUGGACGGUGGCCAGGCAGGAGACAGCUCCGCUGGACUUGGUGUGGUGUCUGGGUUCAGCCUGGAUUUGUAGCCUGAGGCCUGGGUGAGGAAAGCCCUCCUCUGGAUCCUGAGGUGGGUGGCGCUUAGGAAACCUUUGCUGAGCUUUCUAAGUGCCCUCAGUGCUGGGUAGGGCGGCUGCGUCUUCUUGGAGGUGGUUAGAGUAGUGCUUGGCACACGUGUUUCUACACUCCGGCGCUUUCACAUGGCCAAAGAGCUACGGAGACUCGAGGAUGUUGGUUUUGGGGAGAGGCUGAAGGCUGGGGCGGCCCACCUAGGCAUAGCUCUUCACCUGUGACGCUGGGUUCGGUGACUGAAUUCGUGAUCCAGUCAGCUAGAGGGGGCGUGAGGGGUGGGACAGAGGUGGCUUCUGGGAGCCCGAGCAUUUCAGCUCCUGGACCUGGGCCCUGGUCUCUGGGAGGCCUUCGUGGCUGCUCCGAGUUUCCUAGCUAUUAAUGUGUGGAUUGAAAGCAGUAGCUAGGAGCAGUUCAGAGAAUGAGUGUGUGCUGCCUGAUUAAUAAAAAAGCGAUGGGUUGGGGAAUAAGAGCAGUUGUCUCAUAGGUACCCGGUGUUCUGAGCUGUCCUCCUGACCCUGCACGUCUUUACGUGGGGCGUCCCUGUCCUGUUGUUGGGGUUCUGUGGCAGAUGCUGUCUACUCGUGGAGCCGGCUGAGCUGGGGUGGACCCAGCUGCCCCAUGUGGCCUGACUGCAGGAACCCUCUGGCCUUCAUGCCCUCGUCCCAGGAUUCGGGGGUUGCUGUGUUUGCAGUGGGCUUGGAUCACUUUGGAAAGAGCCCUGUUUAAGUCUUAAGCCCUGAUGGGUCCAAUGCUGGGUGGCAGGCUCAUUCUUAAGCUUUCACUCAAAAAGGAGCCUCAGAAACCGACUUUGUCAAAACUGUGACCCUGUCCUGCCCUUGGGCCUCCAGCGGGCACCUGGGAGGGAGGAGUGGCCCCUGGGCCCGUAGCCUCCUGUCCAUCAGGUCUACAGCCCUUGGCUGUGGGCCUUGCGGCAGCUUGGCUAUGUCUCUGCCUAGCACCUGGGCUGAGCCAGCUGUGACGGUGGCGUGAGUAGGAUUCUCUCCUGGGAUUCUCUGAUCCUUUAAACUUGUAGAGUUGUCACAGGGCAUUUUAGAUCAUCUUUGCCGGUCCAGCGAUGAACCGGAUCUCCGUGAUCUGUUGAACUUUUUCUAGAUGCCCUGGAUGGAGUGAGGGGCAAGGGAGAUGCAGAGGGUAACACACACUCAGGACCUCUUGUGUGCCGCCUCUGGCAGGAGGGAGCCUGACCUGCUGGCCUUCCCGGCAGUGGUGAAUGAGCCCGCCGGUCUCAUUGCACCCCUGCUCAGGCCUCUCCUCUCACACCCCUGCCGGCACAGUGUGGGUGCUGAGAGCUGGGUGAGCAUUUUCCCCUAUAUUCCAGGUGAGCCGUUCCUCCCAGGCUGCACUCACCCUUUUCAGCCAAAUGUGGGCCACUCUCGGCCGUGUUGCCUGGACUCCCCGCUUCUCAUGGCCCCUGAGGAUAAAGACCUGGGCUAAAUCCCUGAUUUACUCCAAGAAAGCACGUUACUUCAUAUCCAGCACAUAAUUGCUGGCAAGAAAGAGCUGAGGCCGCAUAAUGGAGUCACGGAGAGGGGCUCUGUGGUUAGUUUUUCAGGGUACAGAAUGUCCCAGUUGUGCCACGUGAGCUCAUGGGAAGAGCCCUGGUCCUUCCUCAACUCAGGAGCCAUUUCUGUCCAAUGGGGGGGAUGAGUCCUGCCUCCCGCGGGGCGGCGUGAGGCCCGUGUGAGGCCCGAGCAAGGCGCGUGAGCGUGCUGUGGGCGCUCGUCACCGCCGCCCGUCUGUGUUUCAGGCCGCGCCGAGGCUCUCCUCCGGGGAAGAUGGCAGCCCUGCGAACCACUCCAGGCUCACCAGCCACGCAGCUGGCGAAGGUGGAGGAUGGGUUGGAAUGUGGUCCUGCUCAGGAGGAAGAAGAGGAAGAAGACCAGGGGGAAGAGGUGGAGAUAGAGGAGGAGGAAGAGAUAGUAGUGGAAGAAGGCGAGGACAAGCAGGUGGCGGAGGACGAGGAGGAAGGGGGGCGGGCAGGGCACGUGGAUCAGGUGGAGGUGGAGUUGGAGGAGGACGAGGACGUGGAGGAGGUGACGGCAGAGGAGCAGAGUCUGACCUUGGGGACCCAGGAGCGCUGUAGCCGUGCUGCUGAUGCCAAGUCCCCAGUUCUCCAGGGAAAGGCCUUGCAGGCCGCCCAGGUUCCAGCCACGCCUAGGGAUGAGGACCUGGAGGAGGAGGAAGAGGAGGAGGAGGAGGAGGAGGAAGAAGAGGAGGAAGAAGAGGAGGAAGAUGAUGAUGAUUCCCUGACAGCUGGAUCUCAGGGGCUGGUGACCUUUGAAGAUGUGGCUGUGUACUUCUCAUUGGAGGAAUGGGAAAGGCUGGACGCAGACCAGCGGGACCUUUACAAGGACGUCAUGCAGGAAAACUAUGGGAUCCUGGUGUCCUUGGGCUACCCAAUCCCCAAGCCGGAUCUGAUCUUCCGGCUGGAGCAAGGGGAGGAGCCCUGGGUCCCAGAUAGCCCCCGUCCUGACGAAGGAGACAUUGUCACUGGCGUCUACACAGGGGCCUGGUUCUGGACGGACGACCUAGACGACCACGAGGAGGAGGACGACGAGGACUUCCUGGCGGAGGUGGCCGAGGAAGAGAACGAGCCCCCGGGGCUCUGGUCAGCGGCCUACGGCGUGGGGGACGUUCCUGGGACCUGGGGCCCCGAUGACUCGGAUUCAGCGCAGACCCCGGAGGGGUGGGGUCCCGACCCCGGAAGCCUCGGGGUCCUGGCCGAGGGGUCCGAGGCAAAGCCCUUCCUGCCGGGCCGGGAGCCUGGCGCGAACCUGCUGGCGCCCUGGGCGUUCCCUGCCACUGUGGCUGCUCCGGCCGGGCGGCCCGAGACCACGUGCGACGUGUGCGGAAAAGUGUUCCCGCACCGGUCCCGGCUGGCCAAGCACCAGCGCUACCACGCGGCCGUCAAGCCCUUCGGCUGCGACGAGUGCGGCAAGGGCUUCGUGUACCGCUCACACCUGGCCAUCCACCAGCGCACGCACACCGGAGAGAAGCCCUUCCCGUGCCCGGACUGCGGCAAGCGCUUCGUCUACAAGUCGCACCUGGUCACGCACCGGCGCAUCCACACGGGCGAGCGGCCCUACCGCUGCGCCUUCUGCGGGGCGGGCUUCGGGCGCCGCUCCUACCUGGUCACGCACCAGCGCACGCACACGGGCGAGCGGCCCUACCCGUGCCCGCACUGCGGCCGCAGCUUCAGCCAGAGCUCGGCGCUCGCGCGGCACCAGGCGGUGCACACGGCCGACCGGCCGCACUGCUGCCCCGACUGCGGCCAGGCCUUCCGCCUGCGCGCCGACUUCCAGCGCCACCGGCGCGGCGGCGGGUGCGCGGAGCCCGGCGGCGACGGCCCUCGGCGGGAGCCCUGCGACACGGGGCCCGCGGCGGGGCCCGAGGAGGCCGAGGUCGGGCCGGAGGGGCCCGAGGAGGCCGGGGCCGGCGAGGCGGACGUAGAGGCCGAGGCCGAGGCCGAGGCGAGAGAGGAGGCGGCGGCGGCGGUGGGGCCCAGCCCCGGGCGCAAGGAGGACCCCGAGCCGGACAGGCGGUUCCUCGAGCUGGGCAACGGCCUGGGGGAGGGCGAAGGCCCUUCCUCGCACCCACUCGGCUUCCACUUUCCCGUGCACCCCAAGUCCUGGCUCCACCCGGACGGCUUCCCGAUCCUGGGCCUCCCGGACUUCGGGGAGCGGCUGCAGGCCGACGGGCGCCCCCUGCCGGGGCCCCUGGGGGGCCGGCUCGCCCUUGUGGAGGGCGCCGGGCUCGCCUGCGACCCUUUCGGCAGCGGCGGGCCGGGGGGCGGGGGCGGCGGCGGGCUGCGCGCGUUCGCGCCGGCCGUCGGGGGUCUGCUCGCCGAGCCGGCGCCCGCCGCGCUGGCAGAGGAGGAGAGCCCGUGGAUCUGCUCCGACUGCGGCAAGACGUUCGGGCGCCGCGCGGCGCUGGCCAAGCACCAGCGCUACCACGCGGGCGAGCGGCCGCACCGCUGCGCGGACUGCGGCAAGAGCUUCGUGUACGGCUCGCACCUGGCGCGCCACCGCCGCACGCACACGGGCGAGCGGCCCUUCCCGUGCCCCGAGUGCGGCGCGCGCUUCGCCCGCGGCUCGCACCUGGCGGCGCACGUGCGGGGCCACACGGGCGAGAAGCCCUUCGUGUGCGGCGUGUGCGGCGCGGGCUUCAGCCGGCGCGCGCACCUGACGGCGCACGGGCGCGCGCACACGGGCGAGCGGCCCUACGCGUGCGGCGAGUGCGGCCGCCGCUUCGGGCAGAGCGCGGCGCUGACGCGGCACCAGUGGGCGCACGCCGAGGAGAAGCCGCACCGCUGCCCCGACUGCGGCAAGGGCUUCGGCCACAGCUCGGACUUCAAGCGGCACCGGCGCACGCACACGGGCGAGAAGCCCUUCCGCUGCACGGACUGCGGCCGCGGCUUCGCGCAGCGCUCCAACCUGGCCAAGCACCGGCGCGGCCACACCGGCGAGCGGCCCUUCCCGUGCCCCGAGUGCGGCAAGCGCUUCUCGCAGCGCUCCGUGCUCGUGACGCACCAGCGCACGCACACGGGCGAGCGGCCCUACGCCUGCGCCAACUGCGGCCGCCGCUUCUCGCAGAGCUCGCACCUGCUCACCCACAUGAAGACGCACCGCAGCGCGGCCGGCGCGCCCGGCUCGGCCGCAGCGGCCCCCGCGUCCAAGGCCGAGGCUCCCGCCAAGGGGCCGCCGGGCGCGGGCAGCGGGCCCGGGGAGCGCGGCAGCACCCUGCUCGAGUUCGCGGGCGGAACGAGCUUCGGCUCUGAGCCGACGGCCACCUUGGCGGGGCCCUCGGGCGCCUACGAGGAGAGCGUCCUGUGAUGGCCCGAGGCCGACGGAGGCGCAGCCCGCUGGGCCGCCGGCCCCUUGCUCCUCUGGCCUCGGGGUGCUGAGGGCCCCAGUCCUGGUGCGGUGCCUUCCCCUCAGCCCCCGGUGCACCGCGCCGCCCCCCGGCCUCGGGCGCCCCUCCUGCCGGCCCUGGGAAACCGGGUCGCCAAGCUCGUCCGGCCGUGCAGGGGGCGCGUGGGGAGAGGAGAGCCGCGCGCGGAGGAGGCGAGGGCAGGGGGCGGCCACCCGGACCAAGACUGCGGCAUCCCCGGGUCUGUGCUGUGGAGCCACGCGGUAGGGAUGGCAGGCGAUCUUAUUUAUUUCACUCGGGUUCCGAUUUGGGUGGCCUGGAGGACCGGUGGCCGAUGAGUUUGUAAGUGGGUUGUACAGCGAGGGAGGGGAAGCCCUUGCGUCAAGGGGAGGGUGGGGUGGUCGAGGGCGGAGCGUCCGGCUCCUCCCGUGGGUUUGGCUGACGACUUCUUCCCAUUCCUCAGUGAGACUUCAGGGACCUUCUGGUCAUUUGAGUGUGUCCGGGAAGUUUUAAGGACUGCGCGGGGCUAGGGGAAGCCUUAUGGGUUUCCGGAGGACUGUGUUCCUCCCUGCACGGGGGGGACAGAGAUGCAACUGGGAAAGCUUUUAUUCUGUCUACUGUGGAUAUUUAUUUCCAUCUCUUGUAUGGCCUGAAGAAUCUGGGAGGAGGAGGAAAAGCCAGAAACCAAAUUUGUGGCCCCAGGCGGGUGGGUUGCAGGUGUUCCAGGGUCCUGAGGGAGUUUGAAGCCUUAUUCUGGGGGAGGGUCACUCGCUCUCACCCCACUUGAGCACCUAGAUCAGCCAGGCACAAUUCUGCCCGGUGGGUUUUGGUCUCCGCCUCCCCCUUUGAGUCCUUUGGUACUCUCACCUCUGGCAGCUGGAGGGGGCACACUCAGAGAUCCUCAGGGGCCCCUUGCUGGCUGCUGCGGCCAUGGCCCCAGCCUUCAACUGCCUGGGCCCCCACCCCCCCACCCCCGGGCAGGUGGACACAUGGGUCCCUGCUCUCUAAGCCCAGUGCUUGUUUAAAUUUAAUAACCAAUUGUAAGGUGACAGGUCGGCAGCAGGAUCAUUUCUCACAUCCCUAUGGGGUUAGGGCCCUGUGACGUCUGCAGGUCCUUUUAAUGCUGCUUCUGUCAUUAUUCUAUACUAGAAGCAGGUAGUGUUUCUGUUUAGAAUCCCAUGUCACAGGGUGGGCAGUCUGUACAGUGGAAGUCCACCUCUGGGGGUGUGGACUUGAGCCUGUGGCUCAGUGACAAGCCAGGCACCCAGCUAUGCAAGGCCCGCGCCUGGUGGGCACGCCGCCCUCCGGGUUGGGCCAUUGGGAGCCACGGGGCAGGCAGCUGAAGUAUGGCUCACGUGAGAUCCUUUCCUCCCUUAAUGCCUUUUGGGCCAGUGUGAGUGGGGCCAGAAAACAGAUUUUGAAGCAACUGCAUUCCCUUUUAGACCUAGUUCCUUCUGUUUUAGUGUAGACAUGGCCUUGGGGCCGGAGAGCCAGCAGCCAGGCUGCUGAGGCUGGGGGCGGGGUAGGAGGCGCAGUAGUUGGUGGGUGGGAAAGCGGGUGUGGAUGGUGGUGUUAAGAAUUCACCUGGCUGGGUGAGGUGGUGGGGUGGGUCGGGGUGCUGAGGAGGGCAGGGGUCCCAGGAGGCAUCAGCAAUGCUGGGUGAUGCCUUCCCUGUCCUCAGUUUCUUUCCUCUCCCUGUGGGACAGGAACCUCAGGGGCCAAGGGCAAGGCAGCGUAGCCCUGCAUGGCUGGGGUUUGGCUCCGUGCUCAUUCUCCUUGCACACCCCUCAGAGUGCAUAUCUUUGGUGCCCCCCUGGGCCCCAGCUGCUUCCGCCCUGGCCUGGAGCCAUCAGCAGGAGGACCUAGCUUUAAUAAAGAGUGGAGAAAUGAGCUUUCUGACUGGAUUCCAUGUUGUUGCCGCUCCUCGAUGCCCUCAGGGAGGCUCUGAAAGGUCUCGGGCCUUUUUUCUGCAAAAAAAAAAAAAAAAAAAAAACCCACAAAAAACUUUUUUUAGGAGUUUCUCCUUUCAGAAACUAGAAAUGGCUCGGGAGGAGUCAGCCCAAGAUGGGCUUUGGCUCCUGCCUCCUGUGUCUACCAAGUCUUUCUGGGAGUCCCCAGCGGGCCCCCCACACUGCCACAUACUCUUUGUAAUACACCUAUCUUGGGAUCUUAUUGUGCUUAGGAUUGUUUUCUCCAGCCUUCCCUUGGUCAAAGGAGAGGGGCCAGGUCCCCUUCCUGGGGGUCCAGACAUUCACUGAGUCCCAGACAUUUCCUCAGAGGCCUCAGCGCUUCGUGGGUUUAUCCAGGCUCAUCUGCUCUGUGCCAAGGCAAAGGACACCUCCCCAGGACCCCCAAACUCCUUCCUUUGUAAUGAUUUAUUGACUACCUUCUCACCAGAUGAUGCCCCAUAACCAUAUCUGACCUCCCAUUCUUUGCGCGUGGAUUUGGAAAAAUAUGAACUAUGAAGUAAAUUGUCUUCGAGAUGUGAUUUGGAGGCAUCAGAACAGAACCCAGUGUUUCAGUUUAAAAAAAAAAAAAAAGGCUUUGAGUGGCAGAUGGAUGUCAAGACCUAGUUAAAAAUUGAUGGCCUUGAGGAUCUUAAAGCCUAUUCAGAAAAGGCCAAUUAUUCCCGGAUAGAGCUUACAGAUGUCUGGCCAAAUUCUUUUUUAUUUGGGGGAGGGUGGGGGACCCAAUCCUGAUGGUCAUAGAAAAAAGAAAGUAGACAGCCCUUCUGGUUUUGAGAGGACUUCCAAAUUUCUGGAGUCCCUGACUGAUUCCCCAAGUGUCAAUUUAGCAUCUUCUAUCAUUGCCAAGGAGUAGAAGCCCCCAGGAGAUGUGACCCACGCAAGGUGGUACUUUGAGAGUCUUGAGGCUCUGAGCACCCCUCUGGCUUCCCCCUGCCUUUGUUAUUUUCCUGUUUCCCUCUUGCUUGCAUUUUCCCCAACCUCCUUCCUUGCUCCUGACCCUUUUACUUGAUCUCUUCAGACAUCUUCUAACUAUUUUUUCUUUCUCUAAUUGGCUACAUAUGGAAUAAAGUAUUUUGAAAUUUUUGGUUAUAUUUAUUAAAUAAAGCUUUAUGAUCCUUGUUCA